AAAGAAAAGAAGAAAGAAUUAACAUGGAGUGGAUGGAUAUUUCGGAAUCGGAAGAAUGAGAGAAAAUUAAUCAUAAUUGGAAUAUUUGCAAACUUGUACUAAGUUUACUCUUUGAGUUUAUAGACAUUUAAAUUCAUGAAAGUACUAAACUAAACAGUUUUAUUAGUUAUGGUUAGGUAGCCUAUUUGUUAUUGUGACUGUCAGAUGGUGAUGUGCAGUUCGCGAUUUUUAGGUUAUGUAGGUUUGUUUUGAAGAAGUCAAAACAUAAAAAUGAAUUUGAUUUCGCAAUUAAUUUUUACUUAUCUAAAAGCGAUUUUUUUGUAAUUUUCAUGUUUACAUAAACUGUAUUUUGUAUUUUUUAAUAUGACAAGAUUGUUCAGAAGUGGAUUACGAUUCAUAGGCCUAGACAUGGUAAGGUUAUGUCCUCAACACAAACAACCUAGUUAUUUAAUUCAUUUUCCAUAUUUUAUUUUACCACCAGUAACAAAUUGUGAAUCCCCUUGGUAUAAUAAAAGGACCUAUGCAUCAGAUAAUACCAGAUUCACACCAGAAAACCAGUUAGCAACACUUGAUACCUUUGCGGAAGUUGACAAGAAAAACAAAGAAAGUUAUCUAGAUUUGUUACAUUUUUACAAAGCAAAAGAGAAACGGAGGAGAGGUCAUGUAGAAUUUAUCUAUGCGGCCUUAAAACACAUGAAAGAAUUUGGAGUGCAUAAAGAUUUAGAAGCUUACAAAGCUUUAAUGGAAGUGAUGCCUAAAGGUAAAUUCGUCGCUCAAACUUUUUGGCAGUCAGAGUAUCAGCACUACCCAAAACAACAGCAAUGUAUUAUUGAUUUGCUCACAGAAAUGGAAGAAAAUGGUGUUAUCCCGGAUGAAGAGAUGGAGGAUUUGUUGAUCAACAUUUUCGGUCGGAGGUCGUAUGCCAUCCGUAAGUUUUGGCGUAUGAUGUACUGGAUGCCCAAGUUCAAGAAUCUGUCGCCGUGGGCUCUCCCAGACGAUCUCCCAGACAACAGUCUGGAACUGGCUAAGCUUGCUAUUGCACGAAUAACCAGCGUGGAUCCGGGCACUAAAAUAACUGUGUAUGAGACCAAGCAAGUGAAGGAUGCUAUAGACGACACGUGGAUUGUGAGCGGAGUCAGUCCACUACAGCAAGAGUUGUUUGAGCAGCAUGACUCUACUCGGCCACUCUUCGUGGAAGGCUCGUUCCGUGUGUGGCUGCGGAACUCGAGUGUUAGCUACUUCAUCCUGCGUGCCGACCCAGCUCCUGACAAAGGACCUGAGCCAGAUGUUGAUGAUAUAAGACACAUUGCGAUGCCGUUAUUUAGUGAAGCAACAGAAAGAGUCGUAGCAAAAUCUGAGGUGGUGCACCAGCAAGAGGAAGGCACCAUUUUAGCAGUGUGUGCGACAGGUAGUUCUAGCAGAGACUCUUUACUCAGCUGGAUACGACUACUGCAAAAAGAUAACCCAAGGCUUGGGGAGAUCCCUGUGCUGUUCACUCUCAAGAGUCCUGUCGGACCAACAGAACCUAUUAAAGAGAUUGAGGGUGAAGAACUAUUGCCUGUAGUCAACAUAGACACUAAUAAAUAAUUUGUAAAUAGAAAAUAAAUAGUCGCUAUUA